AACCAUCCCCAGAAAUAUAGACGAUCUUUGUCAGCAGCAGUGGACCGCCGUCGCCUAGCAACAGGCUGCAUCUAACGAGAGGACACACAGCGUCAGCGUUAGCAUGCGAGCUAACCAGCAACUUGCAACCUGAAGUUGAACCGGGGGAAAUGGUGAAACAAACGAUACAGAUAUUUAGCCGCAUUAAACCCUCUAAGAAUACUACAGCGGUCUACUCUGUGGACAACGAUGAGCCAACGGGGGCUUUUUUGGAGUUUCUGGUGCCCAGGGACCAGGCUGAGGGCUUCGUUAACAACAAGAGGGAGUGCUACAAGUUCAGGUUCCUAAAGGUUUUCGAUCAAGCCGUGAAACAAGAAGAGAUAUUUACAGACAUCGCCAAACCAGUGGCAGACAGUGUGUUGGCGGGGUACAAUGGCACCAUCUUUGCCUAUGGCCAGACAGGCAGUGGGAAGACCUUUACCAUCACAGGAGGGGCCGAGCGCUACGGUGAUCGCGGCAUUAUUCCCCGCACCCUCUCCUACCUGUUCCAACGCUUCUCCCAGGUGGACAGCAGUAUGAUUUACACCACACAUAUUUCCUACUUGGAGAUCUACAAUGAGAUGGGAUAUGACCUCCUGGAUUCCCGACAUGAAGCAUCUCGACUGGAGGACUUACCAAAGGUAUUGAUCAUGGAAGAUCCCGACCAGAACAUCCAUCUGAGAAAUCUGUCCCUGCAGCAGUCAGCCAAUGAGGAGGAGGCUCUGAACCUGCUCUUCCUGGGCGACACCAAUCGCAUGAUUGCAGAGACUCCGAUGAACCAGGCCUCCACGCGCUCCCAUUGUAUUUUCACUGUGCACGUGUGCAGACGGGAGCCGGGCUCGGCCACCCUGCGGCGCUCCAAGCUCCACCUGGUGGACCUGGCCGGCUCGGAUAGAGUUAGCAAGACUGGCUUGACCGGGCAGUUGCUUACUGAAGCCAAGUACAUCAACCUCUCCCUCCACUACUUGGAACAGGUGAUCAUUGCUUUGUCCGAGAAGAAGCGCUCCCAUAUCCCCUACAGGAACUCCAUGUUGACUUCGGUGCUGAGGGACAGCCUCGGGGGCAACUGCAUGACUACCAUGAUUGCCACAAUAGCAGUGGACAAGAGGAACCUUGAUGAGUCCAUCUCCACAUGCCGCUUUGCUCAGCGUGUGGCUCUCAUCAAGAAUGAGGCGACACUGAAUGAAGAACUGGAUCCUGCUCUGCUGAUAGCCCGUUUGAAGAGGGAGAUCCAGUCUCUGAAGGAAGAGCUGGCCAUGUUGACAGGAGAACAGAGAGAUGAGCAGCUCACUGGGGAGGAGAUCCAGAGUUUGGAAGUGCUCGUCAAGGCCUUCCUCGAGGACCCAGAUCCAGACGUGACCCUUUCUAUGGGACCAGACAUGAGAAAGAUCCAGCACUGCUUCUCCCUGCUGAAGAUAAUGAUCAUGGACAAGCAGAGUGCAGGAAAUAGACAGAGUGAUGGGGAAGCAUCACCAGCCACCACAGCGGCAGUACUUCAGAACAGCCCCUGCUCUGCAGCAGAAGUGACCAAACUAAAGGAGAUGGUGAUGCAACGUGAUAAUGAGAUCAGUAUCCUAGUUAAGACGCUCAAGAGGGAGAAGAAGCGGUUCCAGAUCGCUGGUGAUCAGCUCGCCAACACUCCCAAACACAAUAGCCCGGCUUCUCAGAGGGCCUUGAGGCCGGCAGCAGGCCCACCGUCCAGGGAAGGAAGCCUGGACAGUAUCCCGGCCAACCAUGGAGGACCAGCUGAACAGAAAAGAGAUCCACACCUGUCUGUGGGAAAGCAAGAGGCCUUUGAGACCUUCAUGAGGGACCAUGAGGACUGUGUGACCAUAGAGGACAACAAGAAGCUUCUCAAGCAGAGGUCUGCCGAGGCCAGAAGAAUUGGGGAGGAACUAAGCGAGGCCAAAAACCGAAUAAAUGAGCUGAAGAAGCGGUUAGCGAUGCAGAGGAGGCACAGGGCAGCUCUUAGUGUCGCAGAGAAUUGCCCAGAGGUCGAGGAGGAGGUCGACCCGGUGGAAGAAAACCUGUGCAAACACAUUGAGCAAGAGAAGAAGUGUUACAAGAGCUCCAUUGGCGGUCUAAAAGCGCUGCGGACCGAGAUCGAGCACCUGCAGCUGUUGUUGGAGAGAGCGAAGGUCAAGCUCCAGAGAGACUUCCAUAAGUGGUGGAGCCUGGAGGCUUCAAACGUGCAGGAGUCAGAGGCCACGGCCAGAUGUCCCACCGGGUCCCCCCAUGGAACCUUGCAGCCGCCUUUGCCUAGCACUCCAGGAUUUUGCUCUGAGAGAGAGUCUGGAGCCCACGCAGAACCCAAUCCGGACUCUUCCACCGCUGUUGGAGACCUCAGGAGGUUCGCCCCCAAAAGGCUCCCUCUCUCUGCGGCCGUUGAAGCGGGACGUGAAGAGACCUCGGAUCAAAGGGGGGCUGACCUCCCUUCCUCUUCUGAGUGGAGGGCCCUGUCCACCACCAAGCUCUCCUCCUCUAUUCCACUGACUGGAGACCAGCAGACUGAUGCAGACAUCCUGGCCUUUGUCCAAGCCAGGCAAAACCUCCUGAACAGGACAGGCCAACCUCAGUAAUAACAGGAAGCUAUCGUCAUGUGACUCCUUGUACCACACGUCCACUUAAAGACACUCAAAAUCACGCCAUGGAGAAAAUGCAGAUGUGUGAAGAAACCAUCUCAUCUGGGAGCUGGCUU